AUGAGUUGUGUCAAUCCCAUUAUCCCAGGAUUCAAUCCUGAUCCCUCGAUUGUGCGUGUCGGCGACGAUUUCUUCCUGGUCACAUCUACAUUCGAAUACUUUCCAGGUAUCCCUAUUUACCACAGCAAAGACCUGGUUAGAUGGACUUUGAUUGGUCACGCUUUGACGCGUCCGAGUCAGCUACAGAUCCACACCCCCGAGCCGGGAGGAGGUGUGUGGGCAAGUACUAUCCGCUACCACGAAGGUGUUUACUACAUUGUUGCAGCGAGCUUCCAGCGAUAUAGGCCGCAGUCGGAUGAUCGAGUUUGGCCUCAGGGAUUUUGCGUUAAGACUACAAAUAUAUGGGAUCAAGCGGCGUGGGCCGACCCAAUCUACUUUGACCAGGUUGGAUUUGACCAAGAUCUCUUUUGGGAUGAUGACGGCACGGUGUACUUGUCGUCUACUUAUCGAAAGCUCGAACCAACCCCGGGUCCAAGAUUGAAAGACUUUGCCAUCCAUAUAUGCACUGUGGACUUGGACACCGGGAGGUCAACGUCCGAGCCUAAGCUUAUCCGCGAGUCCUCAUCCGGUGUUGCAGAAGGAUCACAUAUCUUUCGACGCGGACGAUAUUGGUAUCUUUUUACCGCAGAAGGAGGUACCGAAAGUGGCCACUGUGAAUGGGUCAGUCGCAGCGAAAUUGGUCCCAUGGGACCGUGGGAACUAGGUCCUAACAAUCCUCUCUGGCGGAAUGGAGUGGAAGACGAAGUACAGAACACAGGACAUGCCGAUCUGGUAGAAGAUUCUCGUGGCCAGUGGUGGGCAGUUAUGCUCGGCGUUCGUCCUGUCCGACGGGACGGUAGGUGGGAGGAAUCGGUGCUAGGGCGUGAGACAUUUCUGGCACCUUUGGAGUGGAUAGACGAUUGGCCGGUCAUUAAUGGGGGUGCCAAAAUCGGGUUGACCUCCCGCGGUCCUGGACUUUACCAGACCGAGACCGCUGUCGCUUGGAAAGAUGAAUUCUCGAGACCUCAAAUGAAAUUGGGCUGGUAUCGAAAAAACACGCCGUUGAUCAAGGACUAUUCGCUGACGGAGAGGCCCAAUAACCUCCGCCUUUACGGCGGGCCUUACAACCUAUCGGUACCGGCUUGCCCGACUAUGUUUCUUCGGAAACAAACUCACCGGUGUUGUACGUGGGAGACAAGUCUAUCAUUCCACCCCACGUCAAAUCAGACCGAAGCCGGGACGGUGGUUUGGAUGAAUUAUUUCACGCACAGCACUUUGGGGAUCCGUAAAGACACCACCGGGAGAUAUCUCCGAUUCCAACCAUCGGAGGGUGAUCCAGUGGAGCGCAGACUGGGGCCUGCGACGACAUUGACUCUCACUAUUCAGUGUGGUGCUGAAUAUAGAUUUGGCUAUCGCGAAGACACAGAACCCGACAUUCAUUGGAUUGGGUCUGCCUCGAACGCGAGUCUCACGGCACCGCCCCCGGUUGGUGCAAAUUUCACCGGGGCGAUGUUGGGGAUUUACGCAUUUGGAGAGCGUCAGAGAUGCCUUGUGCCAGCUGACUUCGCAUAUGCUGAGUUUAGAUAG